AUGUCCGCCCUCGCGCGUCUCGCCAGGACGUCGAAGAUAUUCCACAGCCCCGCAAUCGGCAGGCUCUGGGGGACGCAGUCCGGCAUCCACAACCUCAUCCUGUGCAUGCCCGUCGACCUAUUUUUCAAGCUCGACACUCUCGUCUCCGUGAGCCGCAUGCUGGUGCCGCUGAAGUACAUCAACUUCAGGCGAGCGCUGCAGCCCAGCGACUGGGAGCGGUUCGACUACUACGCUGCACACAUCAGGGAGCUCGUCUUCCCCGGGCACGAGCCCGUCCUGGUCCAAGUCUCGGAAGCGGUCUACACGGCGCUGGCUCGCUACAACGACCAUCCCCGCCCGUACCUCACCCGCCUGCGAUCGCUCGCAUUCACGUCGAGAACGGAGCCGCCGGCGCUGUCCGACAUGUGCAUGGCGCUGCUGGGCCCGUCGGUGGAAGAACUCACCGUCAUGCCCGGCCCGAACGACAGCGCGUCCGCGGUGGUGGCGUUGGCGCACGCCUCGUAUUUAUCAGCGUCCCUAGCGCGGCUCGACAUCGACUUCCGGUCGUCGCCCGACCCCUCGCGCCUGCUUGCGGGCGCGCUCAGGAAUCUCCGCGAACUGAGGAGACUGAGCAUCAUGUCCCUCCGGCCGCUGCACAUCUUCCAUGAUCUACAGCGACUCCACGUCUCGCACGUCCGCGACCUGAACGACGGCAUCCUCUUCGAGGGCGCCGCUGCCUGGCCUGCGCUCGAGGAGCUCGUCCUCACGACCCACCCCGGGUCCGGCGCGACGCUCCGCGGGCUGACCUACGUCGCGGAAACGUGCCAGCACCUCCGCGCGCUCGCCCUCGACGUCGACGUGUCCCCGGAAGCGAUGCAGGAGUCGCGGUGGCCGCCUAUGGGCAAGGCGUCGACGGGGGUUUGGCGCAUGGUGCAGGAUGUGCUGCCGACCUUGUAUGCGGAGAGGAAAGCGUGA